AGUUGUAACUAUUACAGAUGAUUUUUCUCGAAAAAAGGAAUACUUUUGGGGUAAAUCAAAGGUUGCGAUGAAAUAUUUCCUGUUCAAAUAUCAAUAGUUCUUCGGCUUAGAUGUGCAUCCGCCAUUUUUUAAUCACAAUAAGAAAAAGACGGGCCGGUAUUAAUGAUUGAUGUAUCAGACAAAAAAAUUAUCUCCUUUUUAUGUCGCAUUGCGAUCACUUCUUGAACAGAUGAGUAUAUGUAUCACCCGUAUAUUCAGAUUGCAUUCGCGAGAUAUUAUUUACGUCAUUAGAUAAAUAAUCCGGUUGGUGUUUCAGAAUAAUAAAAAUAAAAUAAAAACCAUUGUUUCACAUAGGCUUCUGGGGAAAAAAAGUUAGAUGAGUCAGACAGAGCCAUGAAACGAAAAUAUGUUCAUUAUAAAGAACUUCUUUUCAAAAUGCAGUAAACAAGAGUGACAUUUUGUUUCUUGUAGGUGCAUGUGUAUUAUUCAAUUAAGCAGCAUUUCUGUUGAUAACCAGAUGAAUAUUUGCUUCAACUUAACAUCUAUUUCUUCAUGAUUAUUUCACCUGAUACGCCUCUAACAGCAUAUAAUUAUUCAUGAAGACGAGCCAGUGACACGGCAGCGGAUUGGUCACUGCCCCAAUAGCAAUUAGUGGAUCCUCCGGAUCCACCAGAUAUGAACCCAGAAGAAUACAUUCCUCCACUCAGAUAUGGUUGCAACGACAACUGGACAUGGAACCGACGGGAAAGAUCUCCAGAAGUCAGACUCUACGGUAACAACUACCAAUCCGCCCUCUUUCACCCCAACUGGAGCAGCGGAACCGCCGGGGUUAGAGGUACCAGGAUGCUCAACAACGGAAGGUAUUUUUGGGAGCUCCACCUCUCCAAACGUAUAUUCGGGACGAGCAUGAUGUUUGGUAUAGGAACAAAGAAAGCCCGACUUCAUGCCGAUUCCUUCACAAAUCUCCUCGGAGAAGACGCCAAUAGCUGGGGUUUAUCUCAUAAAGGUCUGUUGUGGCAUGCUGGCACGAGAAGCCACUACACCAAACCGUUCAGAGAAAACGUCCACACGGUUAUUGGAAUCUACUUCGAUGGCAUCGCUGGUACCCUAACGUAUUAUAAAGAUAAAAAAUGUCUUGGUGUUGCUUUUCGCGGUCUUCACCAAGUCAAAGAACCCUUGUAUCCUAUAAUUUGUUCCACUGCAGCUAAAACGGAAAUGGUAUUGUCUACCAUGAGGAGAGACUUCAUAAAUCUGCAGGAUAGGUGUAGAUCGGUGAUCGUGAAAUUGAUCAAGACGAAAAAAGACUUGGAAGAACUUUAUGUCCCGACUAGGAUACGAGGUUAUUUAGCUGAAGAGAUUUUCGAAGCCUCGGUUCCUCUCAAGGUCGUCAAUGAAAAUAAAACGGAUGAAAAUACUUAGCCAAACCGACUGAUUUUAACUACCUAUUAAAUUAUUUCACAUAAAUCUCAUUUGGUAUAAAAUUUAGGUGAGCAACUAUUUCGAAACAUAAUUUCUGGUAUUGGGCAAAGAAACGUAGGACAAUACGAAAAUUAUUAAAUCGUAGUUUUUCAUUACAUAGGCGGUACUUGAAAGGAAGUCGUAAAAAAAGCAACCUUUUUUAUUCAUCUUAUCAGUUUACAUCGCAUGAAAGUCGAAUUAUUACUGGCGUAUUUAAGGUGUGUGCGGUACCCCAUGCAAUUCAAGAAUCUGCAUUUGUUAGAUUUAAUUAAACUAAAAUGAUGAGGAAAAAUGGUAUGGAUAGAAUCCAUCAUUCGUGUUCAUGAUUCGUAUGAAGGCUGUCUUAACUAUAAAUAAGAGUUAUAAAUGUCUAAUGAAACAAAAACUUUUAUACUCAACAUCAUUUGUAACAUAUUGAGCAAGAUGAUUUAUUCUCUUUUAAUCCCAAGGAUUACUGAUGGAUUAUUCUUAUCAUAAAAAAAUCUCGGCGUUCUCAAUAUUUUGCUAAACAACUUAAGGGCUCUUGCAAUUCUUUGAGCAUAGGAAUUUAUGAAGAUCUAUCAUGAAUUUUGUAUCAUAUUGUAUGUGAUAUUUUCCACUGUAUAUUUUUCUUUUUAGCAUUAAGUGAACAACUCUUUGGACGGGAGCCAGUGGUGAAUAGUUACCAAAAUGUAGGUGAAGCUAGAAGUUAGCAAAAUGUAAAUUCAUGUGGUCAUUUGGUUGAAUUUUUUUUCAUUCAUUAUUUCAUUUUGGUACAACUAUGACUCGGCUCGAAAAAAUUAUCUUGAACAAGGAUAAAUGUACGAAGGCGGGGCAGUCAUAAAAGUACCUAUUUUUUUGUGCAAUGUGUUUUCUAGAGUUAUAACUUUUACCAAACCCCCUACUUAUAAUGUGAUGAUAUGAAAAAUAAUAUUCUCAGAAAUUCCUUUCAUACCUUCUGAAUAACUAGUCUCUGUUAUUGUGAUAUUUUGGGAAAUGUAUAUGAAUUUGAUUGAAUGAGUUAUCUCAACAAAAAUUAUGCACAAAUAUUGUGAAUUUCGGCCUGUUUGUGCAAUAAAAUUGUAAAUAAUGUAUGAAUUGAGGAAA